UUCACAUCAUAUGACUUUUGUCGAUUUCUUGCUAGAUUCUCAUUGAAGUCCAUCAUUAGUUUUCCAAAUCCUUUGACAUUAGAUAAACGUAGUACUAUUUAAGCACAAAAAGGUAUAAUAUAAUAAAAUGGCUAGCCAGACUCAGGGAAUUCAACAACUUCUUGCCGCUGAGAAAAGGGCUGCUGAAAAAGUCUCCGAGGCCAGGAAACGCAAAGCACGCAGACUAAAGCAAGCUAAGGAAGAAGCUCAAGAUGAAAUUGAGAAAUACCGUCAGGAACGUGAGAAGCAAUUCAAAGAAUUUGAAGCAAAGCAUAUGGGCUCACGGGAAGGGGUUGCAGCUAGAAUUGAUGCUGACACUCGUGUCAAAAUCGAUCAGAUGAACAAAGCUGUGUCUGUUCAAAAGGAUCCCGUGAUGUAUGAAAUUCUGAAGUUGGUCUAUGACAUCAAACCAGAAUUACACAAAAAUUAUCGCAAAGAAUAAUUUAUUUUAUUCAGAGCUCCAGUGAAAAAAUAAUAUAUUUAAUAAAGAUAUGUUUAUAUACCAACAUUUUUUGCUUAUGUGAAAAAAUCUUAAUAGAUCAAUCUGAAUUUUAGAAAUCUAGAAUUUUAAAUAUAAAUGUUCUGUAUAUAUUGUUAAUUGGUGAUUAAAAAUUAUGAAAAUGCAGUAUUUGAAACUUAGAAAGUUCAUUCC